AUGCGGGUACAACAGCUCCGGGCGGCGAACACCGAGGAUGUGGGCACCGUCACAUGUAUGAUCAGCACGUGUCGGCAGGGCUCCUUGCUGGGGCUCGCGAUCACACCGCUCGUCGCCAAACCUCAUCGAGCUUCUGGCAAUGAUGAGCUCCCGAACGUCUUCCUCAAGCUGAGUUCCUUUGAGGGCGGCAAAUUGUGGGUCGAGGACAACAUGAUCCUAUUCAAUGCCAAAGAGGCUCUUCACAUGACCAUGCCUUGGAAAGGCACAUCAAUACUUCCAAUGGGAUCAACAUGGCUACCGUGCACGGAAAAGCUUGAGCUCCCUUCUACGGAUGCCAAUGUGGCGGCCAUCAAGUGGCUGCGAUCACGGCUGCCUGACCAGCCGUUGCAGGGCUGGGUUCUUGGUGAGAGGCGGGCCUAUCGACAGAUCCCGAUCUCGCCGGCCCAUCGGAAAUGGAGUGUGGUCGCACUCAAGGAUCCGGCUGCAGGCAAGGUCGCCUUCUUUGCGAUGAUCGGCCACUCGUUGGUUGGUGUCCGCGGUCUACAACCACCGUUCGGCAGCAAUCACCGACAUCCUUCGGCGGUCUUCACCGUGGCCGCGUUCAAUUUCUAUGAUGACAAGUCUAUGAUGACAAGAGCGUUCGCGCUGGCGGAGCAGGUUCACUGGUGGUUAGGAAACUUCGAGGGAAGCCUUAAUGUUCGGGGCUUCUCAGUUUUGGGGGAAGAUAGGGUGCUGGGAGCUCAGGCACGUCAGAUCUCGCCCGCCCUUGCACUCGAGCGGACCGACUUGCUCGCCGCCGAGGCAACGCGGACUUGCUGCGUCCUCAGCAGGCUGGUGGACGACUGCGACGAGUUGCCACUGUUGGAGGGGAACAGGCCUUUCUUUGGUAGACCUGUCGGAGAAGGCCAAGGCAAGCAGAAGCGGCAGCGGCAAAUCAAGAAAGUUCAAGAUUCCGUGGCAUGGUUUUCGACUACUUUGUUGCAGCCCCUUCGGUCUCUGGUGGACGACAUGGUGGCCAUGUCCAGCCUGGAAUUAGUUGGCAUCGACGAUCACACUGCCCCCGGCACGGGGAUGUUGAGCAGCAAAACCUCGAAAGACAAAAUCAAGACUGCAGAGGAGCUUGAGAACCUCAACACGGCUUUCCGUGCCAUGCGCAGCGCUAUCAGGUCCUGGUCGCUGUUUGUUCCCCCCUCUGUGGUGGAACGCUUCUACGAUGCAGGACUAGAGGUAACGGUUUUGUUCUGUGACAUCGAAGGCUUCGAGGAGACUUGUCGCGAGAUGGAUCCCGACGCCGUCCUGAGCAAGCUUACAGGUGUCUUGGGGACAAUCGCAGAUGAAAUACAGCUCCAGAAUGGGACGUUUCUGGAGUUCAUCAGCGAUGAGGUCAUGGCCGUGUUCAAUGCACCCAACAAGCUGCCUAACCACGCCCGCUGCGCAGUCAGGUUCUGCAACACGCUGCAUGUUGGCAUGAGGCUGCCUCCAGCGAAGGCUUUCAUUUCCAAAAGUAUCCUGCCGUAUUGUGAAGUGUGUUACUCUUUGCUAAUUUUGCUGGUGAUGGGGGGCGCUGUGGCCGCCGCCGCUUACCAGGCGGCGGCGCUUAGGAACAUUGGUUCUCACCAGAGGAUCAAGUACGGCUUGCUCGGAGACGGUGUGAACCUUGCUGCGCGCAUGAAAGGCUUGAAUACCAGAUAUGGAACCUGCACACUUUGCAGCCAAAAUGCGCUGUCGGCGCAACAGAUACCCUUGAACCUUGCAACCAGGCCGGUUGAUCUGGUGGCCGUGAAAGGCAAGAGCGAACCCACCAAGGUUUGUGAAGUCAUUGGCUUCAUGAAUGAGCACCCGUCGCUGGCAGAGGCAGUGAAACGUCACCAGCUGGCCUUCGACCUAUACUUGGCACGGAAGUUCAAGGAGGCUAUGGAAAAGUUCGAGGAGGAUGCUCACGGACCGACCAACACUCCAGAAGCUGUGCGAUUGAAUGUGGGUGCUUGCUCUCAGGAGUACAUGAAGAAUCCUCCGCCUCCCGAGUGGGUUGCCUCCAGCUUGGCAGUUCUUCAGCAUGUCGGUGGGUACAAUGCAAAUUCACUGUCGUGGACCGUCGCUGUUGGGAAGGCACUGGCACAACGGCCCUUGAUGCCACCUGUGUCCUGGGCAAUUCGCUCUGCAUACCGUGGACGACCCUCAGAGCUCAAGGCGAAGAGGACCCGACAAAACUUCUGGGAGGCCGGGCCCCGCGCGCCCGGCGUAGGUUUCGAUUCCUGCCUUUGGCAUUUGGAGGGAAGACAUUUGGACACGACAAGGUUCGGCGUGCCGCAGCGGCAGAAAAAUCAGAUAAAGGAGAACAUCAUCGGCAACGCGCAGCAGGAGAAUGAUGCGAAACUUGCGCAGGCGAAUGGAAUUUUACCGGCUGAAUCCGUGGAGUCACAUGUGCUUCAGGUAGAAGAUGGCGACGGCAAGGACGAUGGCAGCAGUGCGAAACGGCCCUGCGGAGCAGGCUGCGCCUGGCAAAGCACAUUUUGCCAAAGCCCAGAGGUGUUGCGGCUGAAAGGGGAUCAGAGUAGUCAAAUCCGCGUGAAAACUGAUGGUGCAGCUUCGGGCAUGGUGGGCAUUUGA